CAGUUCAGAAAGAUACAGCGAGCAACAACUGCCUUUCUCUUUGCUCGAAAGUUUCGCAGUCAAGUCGUUCAGUUUCUGUACCAACGUCAUCCAGGAACCAUCAUAUAGAAUGUCCUGAACGAAAUCUCAUUGACGCGAGCUCGUCAUUUCAAACGGAUAACAUAAGAAAUGUUAGUUCCGUUCCUAUUCUUAGGAUGUAUCCUCACCACAAUGGGAGGUUACAUUCCUCCGGGACCAAAAUAUCGAUGUCCGAUAGAGGCGAGUCACAUUUGGCCAUGCGUUUGCGCCAAAAGUACCGACGAGGGACUGCACAUAAAAUGCGAAAACAGCAAUUUAGCCAGCUUGAGUUUGGCGUUUGAAAAUUUAGGGAACGAUGGAAUUCCUAUUGAGGAACUGGUUCUCUACAAGUGCAAUAUUGCUCGACUUUAUGGUCCAGCACUUUAUACGUUAAAUGCCCGAAUUUUACGACUGAUUGACACGCCAAUAAAAUUUAUUGAUGAGCACAGCUUCCUUGGCGUUAAUCAAACUCUACAGGAGCUUCACAUAAUUGGCAGCAAACUCGAAAAGUUCCCCAAUCAAGCUAUUCAAAUUUUGGGUAAUCUAACAAUUUUAGUGAUUAGAGGCAAUCGACUGGAAUCGAUGAAUGACGAAAGUUUCCAUGGCAGUCUGGCGGCCUCGAAAAUUGAAAGGAUCGAAAUAAGUAACGGAACCCUUCAUACAAUAACCGUUGAAAGUUUCGCUCCACUAAAAAAACUGAAAUCACUGGACCUCCAUGGCAAUAAUAUAAAGGAAUUGAAGAGAAAUCAAUUUAAGGGAUUGAAAGAUAUGGAGUAUCUUGAUUUGUCAUAUAAUUCCAUAGAGAAAUUGGAAGCCUCUCAUUUGUCUGAUCUUACAAAGUUAAAAAUAUUAAACGUCUCUCACAAUGCUCUUGGUGAUUUGAAGAGAGGAACUCUGGCUAGGAAUUCUCUUCUGCUCCUCUUGAAUCUUAGUCAUAAUAAGAUACGGAAAAUUGAUUCAAACACUUUUCGAGGAAUGCGACAAAUGAGAAGACUCUACUUGAGCGACAAUUUAAUCAAUGACGUUGGACGCAGUACUUUCGAAUCGGUGACAAAAGUUGCUACCAUCGACUUGGCUCGGAAUCAAAUCAAGAAAAUCGAUUAUCAGAUGUUUAAUCAACUUAAAUAUGCCGAGGUGUUGGACGUCGCUGAAAACAUGGUGACAAUAGUUGAAAAAUUAUCAUUCAAGGAUCUCACCAGUGUUCAUGUCAACUUAUCGCAUAAUCAGAUUUCGCAAAUCGAGCCAAGAGCUUUUGAAAAUUGUGCCAAUAUCACAGUGUUGGACUUGAGUUUUAACAAAAUUAACAAUUUUUCGAAAAACUCGUUUGACCCCAAUACUUACGCCAAUGAGUUGCAACUUAGUUUCAACUUUCUCACGUCAUUAAGUCAGGUACCACUGCAAAAUAUGACGUUCAUAAAGAUUUUGAACGUCUCCCACAAUUCACUGAAUUCGGUGCCAAGAAAUACUUUUCCAAAGUUAUACGAACUUCACACAAUCGAUUUGUCUUAUAAUAAUAUAUCAGAAAUACACAAUGGCAUUUUUCAAACCUUAUUUAGUCUUCGAUUACUAAACUUGGCGUACAAUGCAUUAGAAAAAAUUCACCCAUCAACUUUUGGGCCGUUGACAACUUUGCUCGAGUUGGACAUGAGUUACAAUAAAUUAAAAGAAAUUUCACGCGGUAGUUUAACUCGUUUGGGAAGUUGCAGGACUUUGACGGUUAAACACAACAGUCUGUCGAAGAUUUUCCAACUGCCAAUUUCUCUGGGUCAUCUUGACUUUUCGGAGAAUUCUCUCGAGGAAAUUCCAUCGUCAGACACUUGGCCGAUCAUGAACGCCCUUCUUUCACUUGAUUUGUCCAAAAAUCGACUUACCGAUAAACUAGGUUUCGGUUGCUUUGACAAUCUGCUAACCUUGAGGACACUGAAUCUUGCGGAAAAUAAUAUCACAAAGCCGCCUUGGGAAGCUUUAAGUUCCUUGACUAGUUUACAAUAUCUCUAUUUACAGGAUAACAAUUUAACAGAACUAAGCAAAGCAGCAUUUGGAAGACUACCCAUAGUCUUCGAACUGAAUCUCUCGAAUAAUCAAAUUAAGAAAAUAAAUCAACGAGCUUUCGAGGGACUUUUGCAACUGUUGACCCUAAACCUCUCUAACAACAAUCUGACCCACAUCGCGAAUGGAGCAUUUCAAAGUCUCGUCUCUUUGAGGACUCUGGACCUCUCUUUCAACAAUUUAGAAAAACUAGACAACAAGACUCAUGGCUUAUUAGACGACUGUCUUUCUCUGGAGAGAGUGAAUCUCAAACACAACAAAAUAUCCUUCAUUACGAGAAAAAUGUUUCCCAGCAAUCCCUGGAUACCGUACAAAUUAAAGGAAAUAGAUCUUUCCUAUAACACGAUGCCAGUCCUUACAUUUGACAUCACUAUAGGCGGAAAGAAACUCGUUUAUCUCAAUCUAUCCCACAACAAUAUCAACGAGAUUCGAAGAUAUGUUAUUGGAAAUUUGACAAGUCUGGAAACAUUGGAUCUAUCAUUUAAUGACAUCAACGAUAUUUCGGAGCCAGAAAUAUUCAAACCGCCUCUUAAUCUUACAAACUUGAUUCUGAACAAUAAUCAGUUUGAUCAUUUACCAUUCGAGAAGAUUGUUGCUAUGCCAAAUUUAAAACUUCUGGACAUUGAGAAGAAUCAAUUUUCAAGUUUCAAUAGAAAUUUAAUGACUAUCAUCAAAAACGACACUCAAGUCAGAUAUAUUGGUAAUCCAUUGUACUGCGAUUGUCACGUGAGACCAUUGAAGAGAUGGCUCAACACAUUCACGGAAAUUCCACAGGAGUGGGAAGAAAUGAUUUGUUCCGGGCCAGGCUUCAUCGAAAAUCACUUCCUUUCGGAAAUAACCGAAGAUUUAAUGACUUGCGGGGAGAAAGACAUUUCUGAAGAUUCGAAAUUAGAUAUCACACCUGAUAUUGAGUAUAGGGAGCUGGAAUACAACGACGAAGAUGAUUCGUGGAAAGCCACUUGGUACGUGACAUCCAGAGAGGACAUAGGGGACUUUUACAUAGUCUUGAGGGAAAUUGGAAAGAAGCCCCUCAUAGAGCAGGACGUCGUUUACAGUGAAAGAUCCUACAAAGUACACACUCUACCGAAGUCAAUGUCGAAAUACGAGCUCUGUAUUCUCGCCAGGGACUCGAUCGGUAACGUGAAACACUUCCGGGAUUCCCAGUGUCAAUUAUUGAAUCAAAAGUUCACCAGUUCUGGAAGUUCAUAUCUUCCACUGAGCGCAAUUUCACUAGUAUUUUUCACCCUUUUAACGGUAUGAUAAAUUAGCAAUAAGGUUCACGCAAGGCGAAUCUAAGCCGAGAAGGCGAACGGAGAAAUACUCACAAACGUGAUAAUUACACUAGUGAUAAUAAUUAAUAAAUGACUGACAAAUGCAAUUGUAAUUAAGUGCUCUUAUUGGAAGAGAGAAUAUAUUUUUUUAAAUUAAUGUCUGUUGAUUUACGCAAAUGUAUAAGUUGUAAAUAUUUUGUCUCGAUAAUUAUUUAUUUUUUACAAAAGCUUGUAAUUUUCAUUAAAAACAAGGAUGAGAAAUAUAAAAAUAUUUUCUAUCGUUUA